AUGGCCCAGGCCAUCUCCCCUUCUGCCGCUUGCCCCAAGAUGACAGCCCGCUCUGGCCAACGCGACGAGUGCUCCAGCCCUCGCAGCCGCCGCCACAGGAUCGCUGUCGGCUCUGUCGCGCGGGUCUCCGCGCGCCACCGGCGCCGGCACAUGAUUGGAGCCUCCCACCGCGCGUGGCUGCCGACUAAGAACGCCGGCGAGCGGGUGGGUUUUCCUAAUUGGCCAGGCGUGGACUUCAUAUUUUCCUCCACGGUGGAGUACGGCCAGUCAAUAAAAUUAUGUUUGCGGACAAGUGAAGGGCGGAGCUGUGGCAGAAGAGGCGGCGCGACGGAGCAGAAGGGGCGGCGCGACGGAGUAGGAGAAGAUGGUGCGGUGCGGCGGGCGGAGAAGAGUUUUGGUGAUGAGCUUGUGGCGACGCUGGACCAGCUGCUGCUGCCCUCAUGCGCCGUCGCCGUGGGAGGACCUCGUUGGCGCUGCGAAGGGGGCACAACUCAGGUUGGGUACGCCGUCGGCCAUCGCCGGCGGCGAGCACGCUCCACUGUGACAUGUCCGCCACAGCCUGUCCUCUCCCGCCUCCCCCCACGUAACCUUCUCAACCUCUGCAUCUGCUUGUCCUUGUCCAACACAAAUCGAUUUGUAUGGAUUGCAGUCUGUGUCCUUGUCCAACGCAAAUCAAUGGAGCUACCGACCCAGAUUGUUGUUGGCUGCUAUAAGAAGGGAGGGUCCUCGGCUCGAAUCUCCAUCAGGUUAGUUUUGGACGAAGCAUCCAAUGUCGACACCGAGUUCACCGCAGGAAGAAGCGCCGAUUUCGCCAGAGGUAGAAGAAGCGCCGAGUUCGGCGAAGGUAGAAGAACAGCCGUCGAGGUGUCCAAUGUCGCCUGCGUCGGCUAUAGCAGAAGACCUUAAGAUCAGCGAUGAACAUACGUCGAGCCGUCCAAUAUUUCCUGUGGCACCAACACCAGAG